AUGGAGAAAGCCUUGAGCGGUCUUCGCGAGGACGCUAAUGAUUUCUACGUACCAAGGGUCAUCAAGAGAACAAAAGGACCCAUAACGGCACUGGCAUUCUUGCGUGACUAUGUGACUCCUAAUGUGCCGGUGAUUAUUACGGGUCUGGUAGAUGAUUGGCCCGCUAUGCGCAAAUGGGGCGAUGACGACUACCUGUGUGAUACCAUUGGACGAGAAACUAGUGUAACGGUCGCAGCUACCCCGUGCGGUAGAGCUGACGCCGUGCACACGCGCGAGGAGGACAAUGUGGAGUACUUUGUCAUGCCAGAAGAACGCGCCAUGACUGUGCAGAAUGCUCUGAGUCACAUGCGACAGUCGGCUUCGACCAAUCUCAGCUCAGAAGAGUCGACUGAUGACAUCCUCUAUGUGCAAACGCAAAACGGUAACCUAGCAACAGAGUUCGAAGCUCUAGCCAAGGAUGUCGAGGAAGAACUACCAUUCGCCAGCGAGGCCUUCGGGCAGAAGCCAGAUGCGGUUAACCUAUGGAUAGGCACACAUCUCUCCACGUCAUCGCUGCACAAAGACCACUAUGAGAACCUCUACGUAGUCAUCCAGGGUGAGAAGCACUUCACACUGCUACCUCCUACUGAUGUGCCGUACCUACACACACAAGAGUUCCCACCAGCCAUCUACAGCAAGCAUACAGACACGCAUACAUGGUCCGUGCAACCACAGACCGACACAGACAAGGUGCCGUGGAUUCCGGUGGACACGGAUAAGCCCGACCUGCAGAAGUUCCCCAAGUUUAAGCUGGCGACGCCUGUGAGGUGUACUGUGAAACCAGGGGAGAUGCUGUACCUGCCUGCUAUGUGGUAUCAUCAGGUGAGCCAAUCCAGUACAAACGGAGAUCCGGUGAUAGCCGUUAACUACUGGUACGACAUGGCCUUCGAUGUCAAGUACUGCUACUGGAGGUAUGCAGGCAGAGAUGUGUCAAGGCGUCGAUAUAAGUAUGUACGGAGCCACCCUCUGAUCGCCAGUUACUGGUAUGGGAAGGGCCAGAGUUGUAUGAGUGUGUGCGUCGUGUAG